CCCUCGGUCUCUUUAAGGCAAGACGAAUUAACGACUUGUACAAAUAAUUGGCCCCAUUGCUUCAUUUUUGACAAAACUAAACAUUGAUGGUGUCCACUGACGCGCUCCAUGCUUGAGACGAGGCCAGAGGAGCAUGAUGGAGUACAUGAGCAACAAGUUCUCCUUGAAAAGUCAAGCGAUUAAAGGCAGCGAUUACUACAUGGACCAAGUCAUGGAGACUUUAGACAAUGUGCACUACUACAACAAGACAUCACCUAAAUGCGUGCAGGCCUUCUCGAUGCAGAGCAAUGAUCAACACACCACCAUGGACAGAUCGUCUCCGUGUGACAACCAAAACAGCGUGAAUUACUGCACUCCUAAAACGGAGGACAGCAGCCUGCACGCGAUGGAGAACUGCUGCAGUAUCAGAGUCUCGCCGGCCACAGCCGCAGCAGCAGCCGCAGCCGGACCAGACAAAACAGAUCUGGACGACAUCGGCGAAAAAUGCGACAGCAACGUGUCGAGCAGCAAGAAGAGACGCCAUCGCACGACCUUCACGAGCGCUCAACUAGAGGAACUGGAGAAAGUCUUCCAGAAAACCCAUUACCCAGAUGUGUAUGUGAGAGAACAGCUGGCCAUGAGAACAGAGCUCACGGAGGCCAGAGUUCAGGUGUGGUUCCAGAACAGAAGAGCCAAGUGGAGGAAGCGAGAAAGAUACGGACAGAUCCAGCAGGCCAAAAGCCACUUUGCAGCGACCUAUGACAUAUCAAUGCUGCCCCGGACAGACAGCUAUUCACAGAUUUCCAACAACUUAUGGACAGGUCCCACUGCAGGCAGCUCCGUAGUCUCGUCCUGCAUGAUCCCGCGUGGUUCCCCUCCCUACCCCCACUCGCCAAGAUCCAGUGAGCACGGUUACGUGGGAUUCCCCAGUCACCAGCAAAAUCAGUUUGGAGUGUCUCUCAAUAACUUCUUCUCAGAUUCACUUCUGGCUCCUUCACCGAACAGUCACACCACGUUUGAGACCAAACCUGAGUUUGAACGGCGGUCCUCCAGCAUUGCUGUGCUGCGCAUGAAGGCGAAGGAACAUGCAGCCAACAUAUCUUGGGCCAUGUGACCUCCGAACUUAUUCUAAUAGUGCUGAUCUGAGCAGUUUUUUGCCAAAUAACAAUACAGCCAGUUACUUUCAUGAAUUGUUUUUUUUGUUUACAUUUUGAUAUCAGCCGUGAUUAUAACCUUUUCAAAAAUUCUGGAAAAGUUUCCCAUCCUUUCAAAAAUAAUUUAAUUAAGAAACCUCUGAAUUAAACAAUGAUUUUUCUCAUUUUGUUUUAGCAUCUCUUGUUGUUGUGAAUGUGAAGAGCACAGAACUCGACAGUGUUAUCCUCUCAUGACAUUCACAGAGAUGUUAUGGCCGACAUACUAACAGUAUGUUUGUGUGCUUUGCAGCAAAGCUGUUUAACGCUCUAUAGCUGUGUACCACAUGCAGAGGAGCACUUUUUUAUUUUAUGGUAAUAAACAUUCAUUAAAAUUAUAGUUAAUGUGUUUCUUUUUGAUUUCCUUCUCUUAGCUCCUUUGUUUUAAUAUAUUGGAAAAUUUAACUUCUGUGAUGGUAAAGCUAAAUUUUAAUGGCGUCAGCCUGGAGUUUCACAUGAUCUAUGAUCUUUCAGAAAUAAUUCUGUUAUCUGAUAUCUUCCAGAAAGUUUAAAAGAAUCACAUUUAUUUAGUUUUUUUUUUUUUUGUGAGAGAGUAAAAUCAUUUAUCUCCUCACUCCACCAGAAAAAAAGGUUAGCAAUAGGCUUUUGUCCCUUAUUACAGUUAUUACAUUUUAUUUCUGAUGUUUUUGAGUAAAUAUGAGUAUAAUAAUGUUAUAAAUAUUCUGGUUUAGUAUUGACCCUUUUCGGCUCCUCUGCUGACAUAUUUCUCCUUUUGAGAAAAAAACUUUAUCAAGUUACUAAACUCUGAGGAGUAACAGUAAACUCAAAAAGUUCAUUAAACUUAUAUUACUGUUCUAAUGUUUUUCAUUUUUUUAAGUAGCACUAAGGUGUUUUAGACGUACACAUUUUGUAUAAACCCAGUAAAUUUCAGUUAUUUAUUUAAAAAAUAGAACUGGGAUGCAUAGUUGAAAAAAAAAAGAAAAAAAAUGACAUUAUGUUUAUAAUUAUAAUUAAAUUAAAGUAUAAUUAUAAUGUGCUUAAAACCAUCUAAUAAGAAUUUAAUUUGAUACAAGCUUAUAUAACACUUACAUUCUUAGUAUUUUGUUUUGACUGUUGUGAUAUGACCCCUUGUUAAUAUUUGUGUAUCUAUAUUUACAGUGUAAUCUCUGUAUCCAUCUCUGGUUCACUGGUCCAUCAUUUUUCCGGAUCCACAGCUUCAAAGUAAGACUGAUGGUGCAGAAGAUCCCACCACACUCUGGUGCAGAUGAGAUCCAUCAGCAGACCAAAUGGGUUUGACCCUCUGGGGUGAGCCACGCUCAUUAAUAAAGACCCUCACACGCUUGGGGGAGUGAGACAUGUGAAAGAGACGGAUAUCUCUGGUGCCCAAUACUUCAGACCUGCAAUUGGGGGGAAAAAUAAAAUUAAACAUUAAGGACAUUUAUUACAAAAAUGUACCUGUGUGUUAAAUAUUUCCUCUUGGAGAAUACAAACAGAUUUCUAUUAUUGUGAUUAGGAGGUACUGAAAAAUUACUUGGUCGUACCGUAUUUUCUGGACUAUAAGUCGCACUUUUUUUCAUAGUUUGGCUGGUCCUGCGACUUAUAGUCAGCU